UGGGUCAGUCAAAGUUGUUUUCUUGGCCACUCUAUCAAUUAUUCUCUUGCAAAAUGCAUGACCAAUUUUAUACAUUUCAUUUUUGCCAUUUUGAUUGCAAAAUAAUGUUAUCCUACCUAGGUGCGGUGCGGUACGGUGCAGUGCAGUUUGAUUCCUAAUUUUAAUUCUUCUUCUUUUUGUGUUUUUUUUUUUUCUUGAUAAUUUUAUUUGUUUUCUCUGUGUCUUUGUUUUUCUGUAAUGUAAUUCUUAUAUCGUAUUUACGGACAAAGGUUUCCCUUUUCGAAUUGGAACGCUCUCCUCGUAGUGGUUUGUGUGUUUAUAGCAUAAUUGGGAUGGAAGUCUCUGGCCAGAAUGUAGUGACAUGUGAUGAAGAAAAAGCAUUGAAGUGCUUGCUUGAUGCCUUUGGCUCUGCAUUUUCUCUUGAGGAAAUAGCUUCUGCUUACUGCAAGGCAAGCCGGAAUGCAUGCUUGGCUGGGGAAAUUUUGUAUGAAAUGCAGGGAAGCUCCUCAACCUCUGCAACCCCUUCAUCUAAUGGAGGUGCCAGGGUUGAAGAGUCUUCACUAUCAUCUGAUGGAUAUCCCUUUGAAAAUUUCGCCCAAGAAAGAAAAAAAUCAAGCUCCAGAGUUCGCCCAGCUUCAACAGGUACUGUUUCAAGCAUUAUUGGGAAGGAUUAUGUUAGACCCAUGUCAUCAGGAAAUGGGUCUUAUGGUGUCACUAAACCAAUUAAGUUGGAUGCAAAUGUGCUGCCAAUGACUGGAAUCUGGCGUGAAAAAUGUAAGCCGGAUAUGUUAAAGCAUGAUCAGCUUCAGCAGGAUAUGGAAGAUUUCUUAUUUAAAAUGCUUGGAGAUGGCUUUCAGCUUGACAGAAAUAUGAUACGGGAAGUUCUUGAUAUUUGUGGUUAUGAUAUGCAAAAGAGCUUGGAAAAACUACUAGAUCAAUCAAUUGUGGCUCUGGACAAAAGGACAGCUGAUGUUGGUGAUUCAGCUGGGAGGUUUACAGAUGUGAAACCAAAAUCUGAAGCGCCUUCAUCGGAAAGAAAGUCUCAGAAUUUAAAUUAUUUCAGAGGCGAUCAGAGCAUUGUUUCAAUUAAAGAAGUAGAAUCACAUAAGCAACAGAAAGAGAGAGUUGACCUUCAAAAAGAAGUAUUGUCUACUUUGUUUAGUUAUCGUGAGCAUUCUGAAGAGUCUCCUAGUAGAAUUGUAAAGGGCGUAAAGAAGAAUUCACGAUAUGGACAUGUGGUGUAUGAACCUCCCAAAGACUCGAUGGAAGAAUACAAGAUUGACAUGAACUUCUCACUACAAGAAAAUGUCGAUGCAGAUGCAGAGGACGAGGAAGACUACCAGACUGUGCGAAGAGCUGUGAAGGAGCACCGAGCAACAAUGAAUGAAUAUUAUAAAGCAGCAGUUGAUGCAUUUGCAAAUGGGGAUCAAAUCAAAGCUGAAACACUUUUAGAUAAGGGGCAUAUUUUUCUCAAAAAGGCUCGUGAAGCUGAUGAAGAAUCUAGCAGAAUGAUUCUUGAAACUAGGAAUACAGAAGCACAAGAAAUGGUGCUUGACUUGCAUGACCAUAGUUCAAAGGAGGCUAUACGUCUGCUAAAGUUUCAUCUAUCUUCCCUUUCUGGCAUUCCAUCCUUUAAGUGCCUCAAGGUUAUCAUUGAUUCAAAUGAUCAAGAAAACACUAAAGGGUCUCGCAGACGACGGGUAUUAAAACUAUUAGAGCAGGAAUCUAUAGAGUGGGUUCCAGGAGAAACUGCUCAUACAAUAUUGAUCCGCUUGGAUAGCAUAGAGCGUAAAGGUUUGAGUUUUCUCAAAACAUAGCUGCCUUUUGAAUGAAGGGUGGUUUAUUAUACCAAGUCUCCGAUUAGUUAACAAAUGAUUAACCAUCCAUGCCCACAAUGUGCGAGUAAUUGGCUAUUGGUGUAAUUCGCAAUUGAAGUUGUAAGGUGUGUUUGGUUUUCUAGCCACAUAAUUUCCCCCAAAUUUUGUAACAUUUUUUGAAAUAUGGAAGAUCCAAAUCAGUAAAUGUCUUUUUCCUCUCUGAGAAUGAAUUCUUAGACAAUAAAGUUUUAC